AUGUUCUUCUCCAAUACCAAACUUCUUUACCUCCUCGCCGCAGCAGCAGCCGUCAAAGGCGCUCCCAUUGAGGAAAGCAACAUCACAGCUCGCGCUGUCGUUCCCCAUAAUUCCAUCCGUCCAUGGCCAGAAAAUGUGCCCGGUGGUGCAUUAGGCAAUACCUUGAGGGAAUUCGAGCCAUACAUUCACAUUGCUCAUGGAUGUAAACCAUACAGCGCUGUCGAUGGCUACGGUAACACAAGUGGUGGACUUCAAGAUAGUAGCGACCCAACCGGUUUCUGCAAUGAUCCCCAGUAUGGCCAAACCUAUGUUCGAGGUGGCUGGUCCGGAGGCCGCUAUGGAAUCAUGUACGCUUGGUAUUGGCCCAAAGACCAUCCCGCUGCCGGAAACCUUGUCGGCGGUCAUCGUCACGACUGGGAGCAUGUCAUCGUCUGGGUCAACAAUCCCGAGGUCGCCAACCCCGUACUCAUCGGUGCCGCAGCAUCCGGCCACGGAGGAGUGUCGAAAACUACCAAUCCCCCACGCCAGGGCACUAGACCCAAAGUCGAGUAUUUUGUUCAGUUCCCAAAGAACCAUGCAUUACAGUUCACCAAUACUCCGGGUGUAGAUCUACCCAUGAUGUGGUGGGGGUUCUUGCCAGAGGUUAGCAAGAAGGCUUUGAACGUUAGAGACCUUUUUGGAGCUGCAGUCUGUCCUUUCAACGACGACAACUUUGCCAACAAUCUUGCCAAGGCGGCUAUGUAA